GCAGAGGAUACUUCCAGUAAAGUCGUGUCACGCUGUUAAACGCGCAGAAUCAACAGACGCGAGCACAACAUCACCAACCGACGCGAAGUUUUUCUACUUCCACAUGAGCGAACUUUUCACCGACACGCUUCUUCUGUCUGUGUUGUUUUUCUAUCCGGGGGAUGUAAGUGCGGAGCUGUCGCCCAGGAGGAGAACACUUUUGCCGGACACAUUCCCGAAUUCUUCCACUUUCCAAAAAGCGACAUUGUAACUUUUUUCCCUCCGGAGCUUCAGUUCUGUCGCAUUUUCAUGACAUUGUAACAUUUUAUCUAAUUUUUUUUUAUUUUGUGGGCUCCGUCACCUCUCGACCAUGGCGGAAGCGGCCCCGCUGCCACACCUGGUGGAGAUCGACCCGGACUUCGAGCCCCUGUCGCGGCCCCGCUCCUGCACCUGGCCCCUGCCGCGGCCGGAGUUCAUCAACCCGGGCGACUCCAACACCUCCUCGCCGGUGCCCUCCGUGAAGCAGGAGCCCGCCGGCAACGCCGAGUUCAUCAACAACCUGAGUCUGCUGGAGGAGAGCGAGGACUUCCCGGAGCAGAAGCCGGUUCUCCUGUGCACCGACUUCCAGUGUCAGGAGAGCUGCGUCCACCAGCAGCAGCAGCAGCAGCAUCAGCAGCAGCAGCACCAGACCCCGCAGCUCCCGCAUCAGCAGCAGCAGCAGCAGCAGGUGCCUCUUCUCUCCUCCCCGGUCGGGUCCUCGUCCUCGGCGGCCGCGGCCGCAGCUGCCGCCGCUGCCCAGAGGAAGAGCAGCUCCUCCCGGCGGAACGCGUGGGGGAAUAUGUCAUACGCAGACCUCAUAACCAAAGCUAUCGAAAGUUCCCCCGAGAACCGACUCACUCUGUCCCAGAUUUACGACUGGAUGGUGAAGAGUGUGCCGUAUUUCAAAGAUAAAGGAGACAGCAACAGCUCUGCAGGAUGGAAGAACUCCAUUAGACACAACCUGUCGCUGCACAGCCGCUUUAUUCGCGUCCAGAAUGAGGGAACGGGGAAGAGCUCGUGGUGGAUGUUGAACCCGGAGGGUGGGAAGAGCGGCAAGUCCCCACGGCGCAGAGCUGCCUCCAUGGACAACAACAGCAAGUUCACCAAGAGCAGAGGAAGAGCAGCAAAGAAAAAGCUGUCCCUGCAGGGAGGCCCUGACGGAGGCGCAGAGAGCCCAGGCUCCUACUCUAAGUGGCCUGGCAGCCCCAACUCCCACAGCAACGAUGACUUUGAUGCAUGGAGCAGCUUCAGGCCUCGGACGAGCUCCAACGCUAGCACUCUGAGUGGCCGCCUCUCACCCUUCAUGCCGGAGGAUGAUCUCGGGGAGGCAGACGUGCAUAUGGGCUACCCAGGUGCCCCUGGCACCAAAAUGACGGCCACACUGCCCAGCCUGACUGAGAUGACAGGCUCUCUGGGACACAGCUCUGAGAAUGUCAUGGAGAACCUUCUGGACAACCUGAACUUGCUCUCGCCCAACAAUUCUCAGGUUGGAGGAGGGGCGACAACCCCAGGCUCCUCCCAGUCCUCCCCGUCUCCCAUGAUGCAGCCGAGCCCUGGGUACCCCGCGUACAGCUCCCCCAGUAUGGUCACACAGCCUCAGCAGGAGUAUCGCAAGUGUGGUUAUGGACAAGCGGGUAUGAACGCCCUUUCCUCCAUGCCGCUGCAGACGCUGCCAGAGAGCAAGCCCAGCUUUGGACCCAGUAUGGGCCAGUACAGCUGCCCUGCAGGGCUUCUGAAGGAGCUGCUGACAUCAGACACAGACCAGCACGGAGAUCUCAUGCCGUCAGUGGACACUGUGGUGUCUCAGUCCAGUGGAGGCUGCAUGCUGCCGCCAUACAGCAGCAGUCAGCAUGCGGCCAAACACAUUGGAGGAGGGAACGGUCACUUGCACAGUCUCUCUCACACUCAUCCGCACAAUGUGCACAGCCAAGCCCCAGUCACGUCACAAGCUAUGAAUGGCCGCUUGCUCAUGUCCCUGAGCCACAGUGGGGGCACCUCACGUUUGCCUACAGCCAAAAUCCCUAUGCAGAUGCCUUAUGGCAUCUCCAGCCACCUCAGCGGGGGAGGCAUGCCUGGUGGCUUCUGCCCCCUCAACACCAACGGAUACGGUCGACCAGGCCUGCCACCACCCUCACACCCAGAGAAGCUGCCCAGCGACUUGGACGACAUGUCCAUUGAGAGGUUUGAGUUUGACAUGGAGACUGUCCUCCAUGACACUCUGAUGGACGGGGACUCACUUGACUUCAACUUUGAGCCAAUGGUGACCCAACAAGGUUUCCCCCACGGGGUUAAAACCACCACACACAGCUGGGUAGCCGCAGACUGAAAAAAAGAACAGUCCUGUUCAUCUGGAUCAUUGUUGUUAUUGCUGUUUGGAUGUUAAAGCCUCGUCCCAGUUCAAUCAUCACCUGCAGUUUUCUAACAUCAACUUUUCUGUUCCAAAAAGACUUUUCUGAUCAUUUCCGUGAUCUGCUGAGGACGCAACACCAUUAGAGACCCUGAGCUGAAGACAAUAAAACCAGGAUUCAUUUUGAAAUAUCAUAAUAUUCUGUACAAACAAAGUGCCAAACAUUUUUGCCUUAACAUAAGAGCCAAACUGAAACACACCUCUCUGGUUUACUCACCAAGGCUAGAAAUAGAAACUGCCAACUUCAUCUCGUCAUCAUCAUCAUCAUCAGCAGCAGCACAAUCUGUGGACGUGCACAAGCUCAUACCAUUCUGUUUACUGUCUCCACAAUCAACCUUUGUUGUAUGUGCAGUUUAGUGAUAAUUGAUCACCACUACGGGCAAAUUAUGAAGGUAAUCUGGCUCAUGGGUUUGUGACCUGAUAUGAUUUAAAGUGAGAAUUCUCAAGGGAUCCUCGGACGAUGUUACAUAAUGUCUCGCUUUGUUAUCGCCUGAAUGUACAUAAAGUCGUACAAAGUUUGUAAAAUCAGGUCCGUAGUGUAUUUUAUAAGACUGUAAAUAGUGUUUACAGAAUUGAAGCAAACAUUCAAGGCAGCAGGAGUGAGCUCACACACAAAACUGGAUCUGAUUCUUUUAAAAACACGUGUCAGGUGUUUGAGAAUCCUUCUCAAUCAGGCUGUAAAAUGGAAAUAAACUCAGAUUUCUUGUACAUAUAUUAAGAAUGUAUAUUAAAAUUAUGUAGUAGGUGUUUACUAGAUUUAGUAUAUAUAUAUAUACAUAUAUAUAUAUAUAUUUGACGGCUAAAUUAUUUGAGGUUAAGAUAGAUUUAUGCUGGUGCAUAACCUGCACUCAGACGUCAAAAUAGUUCUGAGACAUUUGUCACUCUGACCCUUAAUACCACAGGGGCCUAUUUAUUGUGCCUAACAAAGUAGAUAUCGACUGCAGGCUUGAAGGGUUUUAUGUUGUAAAUGUCUACGGUCCAGAUGAUACUCAAAUCCAAGAGAAUUGCAGCGAAGUCUUGAUUUCCAGUUCCCUGCUUUUACAAGAAGAAGCGAGCGAGGGAGUGUAGAGUUAGAGACAAUGUUUUGGUUCCUGAACGCUUCGUGAAUCGUGAGCAGGUCGAGGCAGGUUCGAUAAAAGACGUCCUGAGUCCAAGACCUGCUGGAGAUUGUCCUUAAAGACACUGUGAGCAACCAGCCUGUCCCCUGUUAAGUUCCAGAACUUUUUACAUUUUCUUAUUUGUCUCAGAACGUUCGCGUGACUGAUUUUUAAAUUAGAACAGUAUGAUUCCUUCUUAACAAGACUCCACUUUCACUCUGCCUCUACCUCUACCUAUCUCUGUCUUUUUAAACAUUUAUUGGUUUAAACAUGUGAUAGCUUGAUAGCUCCGAACGUCUUUUUUUUUUUUUAACAAAACAUUUAUUUUGAUUAGUUUAUGAAGUUUCCCCUGAAAAGCGCUACUUAGAUGUUAAGUAUUUUAUCUAGCUUGUAUAUUUGCAUUUUUCGGACCUGCUUUUCCCACUUAUUGCUGUACUAACAAUGAGCUUGUAAGCCAGUCAGUGACUUAUUACGUGGCGACCUUAAGUAAAGAUGGUAUCGUAGACGUGAGUUCUCACAAGGUCGACUGGCGGAAAGACCAAGUGGCUUAGAGAUAAACUGAAAACUGCCUAUUUGACGUUAAUCUUUAUUGAUUCAUUCACUCAGAAACCACAUAUAUCAGCAUGCGUCAGUUCAUGUGCUGUAAAGGACAGUGGGCAGGAAGUCGUGCUGCCACCUCCAACCGCAGGGGAAAGCUCCUUCCUCAGCUCUGGUGUUUGGUUGAGAUGAGAACUUUGCAAACCCCAGUGCUGUAACAGCACAUGAUCUGAAACAGGUUUGAAGUAACGCCUGGGAGCGAGAAGGUUUACGAAGAGUACAAAUGAAAUUCUUAACAUUUCAAAAAGGCUCUGCAGAGAAGCCGUUCAAGAAGCUGCUGUUUGGCUGUGGUGCCAGGUGUUGCCUUUUCUUACCCAAACAUGCCAUAAUGUACUAUAGCCAAAUUUGCCUUUUUGAAGUUAAAGUGAUAUAUUUAGCAUUUUUAUCAUGUGAUAUGUUCAGAAUUAUAUAUAUAUAUAUAUAUACAUAUAUAUUUGUGCCGGUCACUCAAGUCAGGAUAAACUAUAAUGAAUCCAUGUAGUCAGUGUCACAGGGUUCAUUCUAAAAGUAAAAGAGCUGUACUAAGUAAAUUAUAUCUCUACAUUUUAAAAUUUUUGAAUCUAUGCAUUGUAUUCUUUAAUUUUAUGUUGCUACUGUUAUAUUUUCCUUUUUUUUUUUGAACUUAUGACAGAGAUAUUUUAUUGUAACAUAGCGCUGUGAGAUAUUAUGGUGUUGUUGUUGUCAAAAGUCUAUGUUCCAGAUAGUUAUAUGGGAAAAAAAUGAAGUUUAUUUAGAAGAUAGAUGCUGCAGUGAUUGAUAGGCUAAGCUUUUGUAAACUGACAAUGUUGUAUUUCUUGUAUUUAGCUACAGUUUUUAGAAAAUAGCAUCAAAAAAGCAAAUUACUGAAAAAAAAAAAAAUGUUAAGAUACAUUGCAUUUUUGAAAAAUGAAAAAAAACACAAUAUUUAGUCCUGCUCAGAAUGCAGAUUCUGGACCAAUUUUUUUUGUAAUUUUAUGAAUAGAAAGAUAUUGCACUUUUACACACAUUUUAUAACAAAGUGCUCCUCGAAACAAGAGGAAGAAUACCCGAUACAUAUUUUAAAAUAAAAAUCUGUUACAUUUAACUUAUACAGGAGUAAAUUGGAAAUAUGCUGUGUGAUUUGCAAUCAAUACGAAUAUGUAACUUGUUCAAUAUUAAUGUAUUAAGACCUGAAUAAAUGUACUUCUGUGUUCAA